AUGGACGAAGCCACUCUGCGCCGCAAGGACACCACGAAGGGUCCCCCGUUACGGAUCCUGUCUCUUGAUGGAGGCGGUGUUCGCGGCUAUUCCAUGCUCAUCAUUCUCCAGGAACUCAUGUAUCGCACAUACGUUGAAUGCGAAGGAAAGCCACCGCGUCGCGACCAGAUCCCCAAACCCUGCGACCAUUUCGACCUGAUUGCAGGUACCGGCACGGGCGGCCUGAUCGCUCUAAUGCUGGGACGUCUUCGACUCGACCUUGAAACCUGCAAAGAAGUCUACGUGCGCAUGACCCGCAAAGUGUUCGAAACAGACAAGACCAUUGCUGGUAUUCCUUAUCGGUCGACCCUUUUCAAGGCUUCCAAACUGGAAGAGGCCAUCAGGGAAUGUGUGCGCGAACACACGGUUUUCGAAGGAGAAGGGAAUGAUCAGCCGUCUGCCGACCCACGAUCGUCUAUCGCAAGUCUUCCCUACAGUCCCAACGCGAUACCCCAGCGAUCGGUGAGUCGGGGCAGCUUCAGCACUUCGGCCGCGUCACACCCUCAAUACCCCGCAAGCCAAAGAGGCUCCACUUUUCUGAAUGGCCUGCGCUGGGGAAACCCUGAUGCGCUGCUCUAUGAUAACCGAGAGAAUCGGACGAAGACUGCUGUCACUGCGCUUUACAAGGGCACACCAAAGAAUGGACCGGCUGUGCUAUUGCGAUCCUACGACUCUCGCCGCGAACCUCCGCCGGAAUUCGACUGUACUAUCUGGCAGGCUGGUCGCGCCACCUCGGCUACCGGACUUGCAUUCAAGCCAAUUCGGAUCGGACAGAGCAACUUCAUAGACGAAGGCCCAGGAACGUACAACCCCUCGCCGCAGAUUCUGGAUGAAGCUGUUGUCAAUGAGUGGCCUGGUCGUGAGGUUGGCGUGUUUGUUUCUAUUGGAACUGGUCGUCGACCCCCUGGUACUAACAACCGCUCCCACGAAUGGUGGGAGGAUUUCUUUGGUGGUGCGGGGGGCACAUUUGCGGAGGCGCGCCGACGUCUCAUUACGAAGAUUGAGGGCUGUGAAGACAUCCACCAGCAAAUGUUGAUGGAAAAUCUCACCAAGCGCAAUGUCCCUAUUGACAAUUACUACCGUCUCAACGUCGAAGUUGGAGUGGGCGAGUUCGGCAUGAACGAGUGGAAUCGAUUGGCGGAUAUCAGCACCAACACGCGGCGCUAUCUAUCCAAGCCCGAGGUGAAGAAGAUGAUUUUGGAUGCGGGGGUCAAGUUUGCCAAGAUCGAACGCAUGAACAGGCGGUUGGCUGCUCACGCGGCCGCUGGUGGUGAUCGGGACGAUAUGUCCUUCGAUCUUGAGCGGGAAGAGCUCAACGUCGCUCCGAUGACAUCCGAAUAUCAUGUCCCUCCUCCUUCCCACCCGGAGGCAGUCGAACUCCCUGCUGAACUUCCCGCCGAGUCUAUGGAGUAUUUCCGGCCUGCGCCAAUGUCACCCGGCGUAACUGUGACUGCACCUUCCGGGGACGAUUCACUGCCGACUCAUCCCACACCUCGGGACAGUCUUCCUGUGUCGCCUACAAGACACUCCAGCGGCGAAAUCAGCGGAUUCCGUCCCAGCCAUGAGUACUCACGACCAUCUUCGCAGCAAUAUGGUUCUCCUCGCCAAAGUGGAGAUCAGGUCAUGACUUACAACGGCAUGCCUCCGCCCAUCCCUCCCAAGACACCGAUCCCUUAUCCCGCCCAGGAAGACCUUUCAGGCGUACCGAUGCCUGCGCCACUAUUUACUCAGCCACCAGGACUCUCCAGCGGCAAGGUCCGACCACCGUAUCCAGUGGAUGAACCCCCGCCGAGCGUGAAUCGACAACGGAAGCCGAGCUACCACGUGAGAUAA